AUGAAGACAUCGGUCGUCCUGGCUCUGCUGGCGCUGGCUGCGGCCAGGCCGCGAUCGCGUCAAGUCGACCAGCAGCAACAGGUGGUGACUGACGGGCCCCAGGAACAGGUGGUGACGGAGGGCCCGAAGCCCGAGGGUCUGCCGCUGGGACCUGCAGACGACCUCUUCGAGUACCGCAACCCCGAGACGACCGACUUCGGGGACAUGCUGUUCGAGUCGGACAUGGUGCUGACAGAGGAGCAGCGGUUGAACCGGCAGGCCGCCAGCAACCUCUGGACCAGCCCGGUCAGCUUCGCCAUCAGCUCGAGCUCGGCGGGCGACCGCGCGGCCAUCCUGGCCGGUAUCCAGCACUGGCGCGACCAUUCCUGCAUUGAGUUCGACGAGGUGUCCGAGGGCUCGUCCACGCCACAUAUCAAUUUCGUCAAGUCGAGCGGCUGCUGGUCAUAUAUCGGCCAGAUCACCAGCUCGGGUGGCCAGCGCAUCAGCAUCGGCAACGGCUGCACCAGCCUGGGCACCGUGGCUCAUGAGAUUGGCCACGCCAUGGGCCUCAACCACCAACAGUCGCGCCCCGACCGCGACACGUACGUCCAGAUCAACUUCGAGAACAUCAAGUCAGGCAAGGAGGGCAACUUCCGCAUAAGCAGCAGUUCUGACAACUACUCGGUGCCGUACGACCUGACGUCGGUGAUGCACUACGGCAGCACCUACUUCAGCUCCAACGGUAAGGACACGAUCCAGGUGAAGAACGUGCUGUAUGAGGGCCUGAUUGGAACACGCGGUGGGUUCUCGCACCGCGACAAGCACAUCAUCAACGCCAUGUACCAAUGCGACGAUGCCUGCAGCAGCAAACCAACGUGCCUGAACGGUGGCUUCGUCGGCAAGGACUGCACGUGCGUGUGUCCGCACAACACGGAAGGCGCCAACUGCGAGUCGGAGACGGAGGACUACUACGGCGAGCUGGCGUGCGGCGACGAAGACAUGACGGACGAGGGUACCAUUACCUCGCCAAACUAUCCAGCGAACUUCCCGCGCAACGUCGUCUGCUUCUGGGUGAUCACGGCCCCCGAGAACCAGCAGGUCGAGCUGAGCGUUACCGACAUGAAGAUGCUGUACCGGUAUGGGGGCAGCUGCCCCUGGGACUACUUGACCGUGCGCCAUUCCGGCGACAUCCACUACGACGAUGUCAAGGCCUGCGACGCGGAACUCACGGGCCAGACGUUCACCUCCGCUGGAAACAAGAUGGUCGUCAAGUUCAAAUCCGGUAACUACGGCUGGUACCGCGGCUUCAGCGCCGCUGUCAAGUUCGUCUAA